UUGUUUUAAUUCAGCAACACUGGAGUAGCCUAGCCACGCUAGACCCAUGUUUCUGAAGGCACAAGGGUCUAGGGCCGUUCGACAGGGAGGGAGGCGGGCUAAAAGGUUGUCUUUCAAAUCACUCUGCAGGAAUUGAGUAGGUAUACAACCAAUCAGUGCAACGAAUAGGCUGACGUAGUUCCUAGAGCGCCGGCGGAUUGUGGCUAAGUCCCAUUAGCUUCCCAACCAGCGGAGCCAACUGGUAUAUUAAGGAUUUGCCAUAUCCCGUCGGCAUAAGUCCAAAUACGUCUUUCUUCUCAAUGAAACACUUCAGUGCCAUCCUUUGUUUAUCUUUCAAGUUGAAUUUUAGCUUCAAAUCUUUAAGGGCUGUGGCCAAAGCCAAGUCGAAAGAUAACUGUUUAUUGUGCGCCGGUUGUUUCUGUCAGAAUUGUCGCGCCUCUGCCGUCACUUAGUUACGCCCGCCUUCUGACUCUACACUUCAUGGUGAUUGGUCCGGCCAGUUUUAGGAGAAUCCAGCCUCAAGCCUUAUGGAGGGUAACUAGACCCACCCUGGCAGAGAAUUAAAUUCGUUGCCGUGGGUUGUCUAGUGUGGCUAGGCUAACACUGGAGGGUUUCCGAGCAUGAACAGCCUUUUUAAGGUCAUGCCACAGCAUUUUAAUCAGAUUCAAGUCCGGACUUUGACUGGGGCACUCCUAAACCUUCAUUUUGUUUUCUUUGUCAACUUCCUGGUGUGUUUUGGAUCAUUGUCCUGCUACAGAACCCAAGUGCGCUUCAAGCUUGAGGUCACAAACUGAUGGCCAAACAUUCUCCUUCAGGAUUUUCCAGCAGAGAGCAGAAUUCAUGGUUCCAUCAAUCACAGCAAGUCAUUCAGGUCCAAAAGCAGCAAAGCAGUCUUAGACCAUCACAGUACCACCAGCAUGUUUGACUGCUGGUAUGAUGUUCUUUUACUGAAAUGCUGUGUUAUUUGAGAUACACACUUUCCAAAAAGUUCAACUUUCGUCUCAUCAGUCCGUAGAAUAUUCUCCCAAAAGUCUUGGGGAUCAUUCAAAUGUUUGUUCACAAAAGGAAGAUGAGCCUUUAUGUUCUUUAUGGUCACCGUUUGUUUUUACCUCGGAGUUCUGCCUUUUAUGCCUUUUUGCCCAGUGUCUUCCUUAUUGAGUCACCAACACUGACCUUAACUGAAGACAGGGAGGCCUGCAGUUCUUUAGAUGUUGUCCUGGGUUCCUUUGUGACUUUCUGGAUGAGCUGUCGCUGUGCUCUCAGGGUAAUUUUGGUAAGUCGGCCACUCCUGGGAAGGUUCGCCACUGUUGCAUGUUUUCUCCAUGUAACCCUUUCCAGACUGAUAUAUGUCAAUUACUAUAUUUCUCAUCUGUUCUUGAAUUUUUUUGCAUGUUUUUGAGAUCUUUUCGCCCACUUCAUUUUGUCAGACCGGUUCAAUUUAAGUGAUUUCUUGAUUGAACAGGUCUGGGGGUAAUCAGGCUUGGGUGUGGUCAGUGAAGUUGAACCCGCCACAGUUAAUUCAUGAUUUAACAAGGGGCCAAUGACUUUUUCCCAUAGGGUCAGUUAAGUUUGGAUAGAUUUUUUUCCCUUAAAACAUUACAUCAGCAUUUAAAAACUGCAUUUGUGUUUACUUUGGUUAUCUUUGUCUAACUUUUACAUUUGUUUGAUCUUAAACAUUUAAAUGUGGGAAAUAUUUUAAAAAAGAAGGGGGCAAAUAUUUUUUCAUGCUACUGUAUAUUCAUGUGUUGAUGGUGGAAAAUGUAUUGCUAUUUUGCAUAAUACUAUUAAUGUAUCUAGAAUUAAUAAGGGAGGUUUUGUAGUGACCUGUAUGUGGAAUGAUGUCGUUGUGUUACACCCUCCUUUUUUAAAUCCACGUUUGAAAAUAAUUUUGUAGCUUCUGACUGUGCAAACAAAUUAUUUGGAGACUUGCAUAUUGUAGUUGUGUGUGUCCUAUUUUUCAUCUCUUCCAAUGAUGUAACAAGACUGAAAUCACUGUCUUCCUGCCUUGCUCUUUGUCAUGCUUACACUGGCCUCAUGAAAAGUCUCUUUUCAGUUCAAUAGUUUUGGAAAGUGUAAUUCAAUGUGCAGACUCUUUGUUCUUCCAUGGAAUAUCUUGCCCUACAUACAGUUUGAGAUACAAACACAUUAGCCCGUAGUAUUCUGUCUCAUUACACACUGUGCUGUCCAUCUUAUGUGGCUUAAUUAACUUUGAGUGUAUGAUAGACAAGGCAACGCAUUGCUAUUACUAAUUAGUCUCUGUCAGUCACACUGCAAGCAUUAGAUGUUAAUCUAGUGGAAAUCUCUUGAUCCCCCAUCUGUAGACACUUCAGACUCUGUUUGACAGCUGUGUGCAACUCCAGUGGUUGCAGAUGACCUCGUAGCUGACUCAGAUGUGGCUGAGAGCUGUCUGCCUGCUGCUCAGUCUGGUGAAGCCAAGUUUCAGGCCCUCGCUCUCUUUUCUUCCUCCAGCAGUAAAAGCACCCUCCUACCAGGAAAAAUAAACCAGUGUCUGUCACACAUUUUAAGGACACAGUCUCAGCUUUAAUUCCAAACAUGUGGGAGGAGACAGUUAAAUCACCAUUGAGGUGUCUGUUAACAGUGUUUUUUUUUGUUUUGUUUUUUUUUUACAGUGCACACUUUACUUCUUCCCUUUUCUUAUUUUCAGUGUUGUGAUCAGGACAGCCUCAGAUGUGUCUCUGAGUGCCAGCUGGGCAGCAUGUCGUCAUGUGAAGGGGAUGUGUCUUCAAGUGAACUGUGAAAGCAAAGGUACGUUUUAAAAUAAACGAAAAAGCGCAAAUGCUUAGAGCCCUUAAGAAUUGUACAAGCACAUGGCGUUCGGUGGAGACCUGAAAGAAUGUGGCUUUAAGUCUGACUCUGAGGUCAUAAGGCAACAGGGAUGUUGCCAACAUCUGACUCUGAGCUCUGUUGUCACGCCUCCAGACAAGCAGCUGCUCCACACAUCUCCUCCCUCUAUCCGACCGGCAUCACAGUGGAUGUUUACUCAGUCCGGUCAUCUGGAUAGCUCAGGACACACAAUUACGCACGACUGUACAGCGAAAGGUAGACCGUUCAGGCAAGACUGCUUUAUUCGGAUGCAUUUCUCAAUACCAAAUGGACGUAGUCUUACUGUACUGCUGCUCAUUGUGAAUUAGGAUUUCCAUCUGUGAAGUUUGCAGAAAGUGAUGAGUCGUACCGAACCGAGAGACGUGGUCGACGCGUAAACUUUCUUCACCUCUCUGUAGUUUACAUCAACUCCAAAUCCUCCAGCGAAAUGCAGAUCGUGUUGUUCAGUGCCGUGAUCCUUUACCUCAGUGAAUAUGCCAGUGCAGAGCCAAAAGCCAAGUGUCCAACACGGUGCGAUGUGAGCACUUGUCCGAGCCCCAGCUGCCCCAGUGGUUACGUGCCAGACCGCUGCAACUGCUGCCUGGUUUGCGCUCAGGGAGAAGGAGAGCCAUGCGGCCGCAAGGACGACCUGCCCUGCGGUGACGGACUGGAAUGCAAACACCCGGCGGGCAAACGGCUCUCCAAGGGUUUCUGUCAGUGCAAAUUUAGCCACGAAGUGUGCGGCAGCGACGGGAAGACGUACGGUAACGUGUGCCAGCUGAAGGCGACCAGCAGAAAGGCUCUGCAGCAGGGACUGCCAGGCGUCACGCAGAGCCAAAAGGGACCGUGUGAGACAAGCGCAGGUCCUUCACAUGCUGCCAGUCCUCGUUACAAAUUCAACUUCAUCGCUGACGUGGUGGAGAAAAUUGCUCCUGCUGUGGUUCACAUUGAACUCUUCCUCAGACAUCCACUCUUUGGUCGCAACAUCCCUCUGUCCAGUGGAUCCGGCUUCGUCAUGUCAGAGAAUGGGCUGAUUGUUACCAAUGCCCAUGUCGUCUCUACCACCUCACCAGUGUCAGGUCAACAGCAUCUCAAGGUCCAGAUGCAUAAUGGUGACAUAUAUGAAGCCAGCAUCAAAGACAUUGACAAAAAGUCUGACAUCGCCACCAUCAAAGUCAACCCCCAGACGACACUGCCUGUGCUGUUUCUGGGCCAUAGUGCAGACCUGAGGCCCGGGGAGUUUGUGGUGGCGAUUGGCAGUCCUUUUGCCCUCCAGAACACUGUCACUACUGGUAUCGUCAGCACUGCUCAGAGAGAUGGAAAGGAGCUGGGUCUCAGGGACUCAGACAUGGAUUAUAUCCAGACAGACGCUAUUAUCAAUUAUGGGAAUUCAGGAGGACCUCUUGUCAAUUUGGAUGGGGAGGUGAUUGGCAUCAACACACUGAAGGUUGCAGCAGGAAUCUCAUUUGCCAUUCCCUCAGACAGGAUCACUCGCUUCCUCAACGAUUCGCUCGACAAGCACAACAAAGAUGUGAGAUCAAUAAAGAAGCGUUUCAUUGGAAUCAGGAUGUUGACCAUCACACCAGCGUUAAUUGAAGAGCUAAAACAACAAAACCCAGACUUCCCCAAUGUUACUACUGGGAUUUAUGUCCAUGAGGUUGUUCCUCACUCUCCUGCACAGAAAGGUGGUAUCAAAGAUGGAGACAUUAUUGUGAAACUGAAUGGCAGACCGUUGAUGACCACAGCUGACCUGCAAGGAGCACUGCAGGAGGAGACAGCCCUGCUGCUGGAAGUCAGGAGGGACAAUGAUGACCUGCUCUUUAAUAUCGAACCUGAUGUUAUUAUGCAGUAGACACUGAAAGCACAGCUCUCAUGCAGAGUUAGAACAACAUCUCAGGCCAUACUUUUUUUUUGAAAGAACCUGGCAGAAACUCUGCAACAGCGAAGCAGUCUUGACAGUUGGUGCAUUCAUCUUCUGAUACUAACUUCUAAUACCUGGCUGUUAACUUGAUUGUGUCAAAGUGAAAGGAGACCACAACUGACAUGGUGCAAGGAAUUCAAGGAUUUACAGCCGUGCCUCAACCCUGCUCAAACCAACUCAACAUUGGAGCAGGUGCACAAACCUUACACCCUACUGAACUGCGUAAAUCCAAACCCCUUCAAUGUAUAUUAAAUACUUGAUUUUUUUCACUUUGAUUAUAUAUUUUUCAACAAGUAGACACAUUUAUUGUAGGUAUUUCCUAAUAUUUUGAGCAGUAAUGCCUGCUAGACAGCAUCCAGUGGUGUACAUCCUGAAAAUUAUGAGACAGAAGCAAAGUUGACAAGAGCACAAUUCAUGCUUUAACAUUACAUUAAAAAACAAAGCCGAUGAUGAUGUACUGACAGUUGAAUUUAAUAAUUUGCUGUUAAGCAAACAUUCAUAAAAUACUUUCCUUGAAUCAACAGCCUGCCAGGGCCCCAGCCUUCACCUCCUACACAACUGCAAUGCACAUGACUCUUAGAUUAACCCUGCUGGCCUCACAAGGCAGCAUCCACAUGUCCACCCUUUGAUCUGAGCCUUAGUCCAAAUUAUCAUUCUCUAUCAUGCCACUAGCUGUCAAUCCGUCCUUCAAGGCUUGGCAUAAGCGCUUUUUGUUGAAAAUGGUGUUCAAAAUACAGUAGUCACAUAGCACAGUCUACAUUCAAAACCUCAUUUUGGUCUUGUGCUUUGGGUAGUGAGUAUAAGCAGCCAACAUUAGCUUCCUUCAUAAAACUACAUUCAGCCUCACAGACAGGGUGAAGAUUUCAGAGAUCCAGAAUCCUGCAUCCUGAAUGCAUCACUAAAUGCAACAUCAUACAAAAAUGCUAAUGUCAAAUAUUUUUUACAGGAAAGGAACAUUUUCUUGGUUUAGUUGAUGAUUUGUCAAAGGUCUAAUGCACAGACAGCAUGUCACAAUCUAUUCUUAUAAACUGAGUUCGCAGUUGGUGUUCACACUUUAGUGGCUAUUCAGAAGGCUUCCAGCAAAGUGCUCGUGAGAUCAUCAAGCAGCAUCUGAAACUGCUUUUCUAAACACCUUUUCAAUGUUUGAUUCUGGUUUUAACAUUGCCCUACAAUUUUUUGCAACUUUCUGAAUCUGACAAGCAUGUCCAGUUGAUAUAGGGAUUGACAAGGUUUGGACUUAACUCUUUAAUUUUCAUUAUUUAAAAAAUUUUGCCUGGAAAAUCCAGACUGACUUUAUGUAUGUAUUAAUAUAAAUAUAAAUAAAGGCAGUCUGGCAUUGUGAUGAUAGGAGACGAUUUCAAAAAGGAGGGGCUAACGGAUGCAGCUUGAAUGAGAAAGAACCAAUCAGCGUAACACGGAUGUGACGCACAAACAAAUCGACCUUGAAGUCCAUGUAGUCCAAACAACAAUGGCAUGCAGCCGAGAAAGCGUCGCGGUGAAUGAUUACUGCCAUUUUUGUCACAAAAAUCUGCAAAUACAUGGGGUACUCUCAAGUACACUUAUUUUUGAAAAGGCUAUGCAACAAAAGACUCCUUCCGAACGAUUAGCGGUGUUAGGAAUAACUUUGUUAAUGUUUGUGUUUGGUUACGGGAGGUGCGCAGGUGUUUUAUGGGUAAUCCAGGCGCUGAAGAUGGCGCAGCAUUAACUCCCGCCCCCCGUGCUAUGAUUGGUCAUACCAAACUUUCCCGGGAGGGAAACGCGAUUCAAUUCGCCCAAAGCCAAACUGAUUCUCCUGUAUCUCCUAACAUGGAGAUAGGAGAUUACAUGGAGAUUCAGUUUGGAUUUUCCAAGCUAUAAACUACUUCUAUACACAGGUACAGCUGACAGCAACAUUGUAAGUGCCUUCAAGGAGGUUUUGUCUGGAAUAAUGGGCUGUUACCAAAAUGUAUAUGAUUUGUGAAAUCCUGUCCUUGUCCAUGUUCUCACUAGUUUCUCUGGCAGCACUAUUUUUCACCAUUGUUCAUUUGACGCUGCUUACACUGGCAGUAAGCAACAGGUAUUAACAUUUUUUUAUUGGACAUGUUUAGACAACAACAUUGUCACAGCACAGGCAGCACUAGAAAAAAUGAUGUGUUGUUAUGUCUAAUCCCAUCUAUCCCAGUGGCUAAGGCAGAAGAACACAGGAUGCAAACCUAACUGAAUCCCAGUGAGACUGAAUUGUUCCAUGCAGUCAGUUGAUAUGUCUCAUGCAUUACUGACUCACUCCCUGCUUGGAAGGAGUCGGGACUAGCUUUCUCUUCACAUUGCCGAUCAAACGCUGAGAUCUGUAUUGAGUUCGGUUAAUUUACAUGAACAAAUACUUGCAGAUUGAAACUAGACCAAAAUACUUAAGGCAUGAUGACUAUACAUGAGUAUUCAGCACAGUUUUGACUAAAAGGGGCCCUCAGUGUCUCCCAUAAACUCAGCUCUUCAUUUCUGCUUCUACAUUUGGCGCAGAACAUUAUGCAGAAACAUGAAUUUGUGACUAUUCGAUGAUGACUUUGCUGUGAAAUGUCUCAUCUGGACAGAAGGUGAAGGUUAACCGUUUAGCCUUUUUGUGGGUUGAUUCUUUCUCGAUGCAUUAAAUGGGACGUGGCCUCUGAACCAAAUGCUGACCCUGACCUGAGUACAUUUCACACUAUGCAGUCAGAAUGUUAGACCUCACAAUAUAAAAGCCUCAAAUAUUUUAUUUGUGUUAAAUGUACUGUGCAAAGGUGUAUCUGGUUUUGAUAGCUGAUUUGUUGAAAUCCAUUCACAAGGUACACAGAGAGCAUGAUACAGUAUAAUGAACCUUUCUGAGUAAGCUCACCGGCAGCCAUAUUUAAGGUCCUUCCCAUUGUUGCCAAAAAUAGUUUUAAAACCCAACUGAUUUCCAAUAUAAGCAUUGCAUCCAUCUUGAUUCCUCUAAGUCCUCUUCUUAAAUUUCUGAUAUCUGGCCAUUUUGCCAUUAGUGUUUCAGCUUGGGGCUGCACAGUGGAGUAGUGGUUAGCACAUUUGCCUUGCAGCAAGAAGAUUCCUGGUUCAAGUCCCGGCCUGAGCCUGGGAUCCUUCUGCAUGGAGUUUGCAUGUUCUCCCUGUGCAUGCGUGGGUUUUCUCCGGGUACGCCGGCUUCCUCCCACAGUCCAAAAAUAUGCAGAGGUUAAUUGGUUACUGUAAAUUGCCCGUAGGUGUGAGUGUGAUUGUUUAUCUGUAUUGUAGCCCUACGACAGACUGGCGACCUGUCCAGGGUGUCCCCUGCCUUCGCCCGAAUCAGCUGAGAUAGGUUCCAGCACCCCCCGCGACCCUAGUGAGGAUAAAGCGGUGUAUAGAGAAUGGAUGGAUGGAUGUUUCAGCUUGUUAAUCUUAAUAUCCACUGACACAAAAGCAGAACUGAUUGAUUUUUAGCCACUUGGAGGCAGAAGAAUAAACUGUAAACAACGUUCACAUAUUACCACCAAAAUAAAAAAAUUAAUAUGGCAAAUGUGUUUAUAAAAAGUUGUCUAUUUACACAUCUAGUAGUCAUGACCCAUGUACUGAAAACUGCAACUGGCUCAUUUUCUAGCUGGCCUCCAUGAUUCCACCAGCUGAAAAACAGUGAUUUAGCUUCACAGCCUCAACAAUAGACACAGUGGGGAAACGACCACAGAAUGAUCAGCUUUUUAUGUCAUAAAGUGAUGGUUUGCAUCAAAUUGUAUUUAAAAUUGAAAGUAAGGUGACAACUACCAUUCAAAAGUUUGGGAUCACCCAGACAAUUUCAUGGUUUCCAUGAAAACUCACACUUUUAUUCAUGUGCUAGCAUAAUUGCACAAAGGUUUGCUAAUCAUCAGUUAGCCUUUCAACAUCAUUAGCUAACACAAUGUAGCAUUAGAACACAGGAGUGAUGGUUGUUGGAAAUGUUCCUCUGUACCCCUAUGGAGAUAUUCCAAUAAAAAUCAGCCAUUUCCAGCUAGAAUAAUCAUUUACCGCAUUAACAAUUUCUAGAAUGUAUUUCUAAUUCAUUUAAUGUAAUCUUAAUUAAAAAAAAACUGCUUUUCUUUUAAAAAUAAGAACAUUUCUAAGUGAGCCCAAACUUGAACAGUGGUGUAUGUGUAAAAAAAAAGUUACACAUUUGAUGAGCCUGUUUUUAUAAGCAGUACAAUAAACUUCCAGUGUAAAUGAAUCUAGUGUUAAUGUCAAAGUCUUUGUUCAGCAUCGCUAGCUUAUCUUUGGUUUAUGGAUGGCAUACGUUUUUAAUGCUGUAAGUUGCAAUUCCAUUAAAAAUGUGAACAGAAUAUGUGUUGACAAACUCUGCUGGUAUGAAGAACACUAAAUGUGAGUGUUUUUUUCUGUAGUUUCAUCACUGCUGCUGCUCUGGUUUGUCAUUGUUUGUGCUUUUAGUAUGAAGAGACUUCAUCAGAACCAAAUGUUUACAUCUAUGCUGACACCAAAGCAACAUUCUGCAUCAGUCUUUGGAGGUACCUUUUCCCACCAAAUAAAAACAUUAAAACUUUAA